UAUUGUUUUAGUAACCCGUGUCUUUAAUAUCGCUGGUUAAUCGUGUCAUUAAACGUUUGUAACGUCUCUCUCUCAGUCGGGAUGUCAACGAUCGGAGAUAAGAUCCUGGACACUGCUUUAUCAAAGAUUGGAGAGAAGAGUUUGUUCACCAAAGAGUUGGAGAAUGCUCUGGAGAGGAACGAGGUCGAUCUGGUCGUCCACUCUCUGAAGGACCUUCCCACCACGCUGCCUUCAGGAUUCACCAUCGGGGCCGUGUUGAAAAGAGAGAACCCCCAUGAUGCAGCGGUGUUACACCCCAAACAUGAGGGCAAGACUCUGGAGACUCUGCCAGAAAACAGUGUGAUCGGCACCAGUUCACUUCGCCGCGCUGCUCAGCUGAAGAAGAGAUUCCCCCACCUGGUGUUCAAAGAUAUCGUAUCCUUUCAGGAAGCGAUGUUGAUGUUGUCAAUUAUUUAAUUUCUUUUAAACAUAGAAAAAAAACAGGCA